AGUUGCGGACAACGGGAGACGGUGCCACAGACCUGGAGGCCCCGGAUCGCGGGCUCGCACGCGGCGGAAGACCGUCGCCGAGCCCUGGAAUGUGAGGAGGAGGGCGGUAGCUGCUGCAGAAGUAGUGGCCAAGGCUUAAGAUGGCCAAGGAAAGGUGCCUUAAAAAGUCCUUUCAAGAUAGUCUUGAAGACAUAAAGAAGCGAAUGAAAGAGAAAAGGAAUAAAAACUUGGCAGAGAUUGGCAAACGCAAGUCUUUUAUAGCUGCACCGUGCCAAAUAAUCACCAAUACUUCUACACUGCUGAAAAAUUACCAAGACAACAACAGAAUGUUAGUUUUAGCUUUGGAAAAUGAAAAAUCCAAAGUGAGAGAAGCCCAAGAUAUCAUCCUACAGCUGAGAAAAGAAUGCUACUACCUUGCAUGUCAGCUAUAUGCACUGAAAGAAAAAUUUACUUCACAACAAACAGCUGCUCAGAACCAGGAAAUAUGUCCCUCUGGAAUGGACUCCAAUAGUGAUGACAACUCCAGGGAUUUAUGUGUGAAGAAUUUACUGCAAGUUCCUCUUGAAGACACUGACCUUCCAAGACAAAGAGAAUCAUUUCAAAUAAAAGAGCAAGUAUCCAUUAUUCCUCAAGACACACUGGGAUUUGAUUCUGAUUCAGGUGAAGCUGAGUCUACUGAUAAUGUCUUACCUAGAACUGUAUCUCUCCGUCGUGGCAGUUUAAAGAAACAUUGUAACAGUCCAUGUCAGUUUGAUACCUUGGAUGAUUUUGAAACCAGUCAUUUGGCAGAGCAGUUUUUUGAAUUGGAAAAAAUUAGAUUUGUAGACCCACUAGUAAACAUGCACAUACCUGAGAACAUAGAACAAAAUGUUUGUCAAUGGAACAAGGACCACAUUAACUUAUCACCAAUGCUGAUUCACCCAGGAAGGUUUACUAAAACAACAGAAGUCAUUUUAGAAUCUAAAUCUGAACAAACUAAAAAUAAGCAUAGAGCCGCACAACGAAGAAAAAGAGAAGAGAAAAGAAAAGCUAACAGAAGGAGAAAAUCAAAAUCUAUAUCAAAAUAUAAAGAGAACAAAAGUAAAAAUAAAAGAACUAUUAAUAUUUCCAAAAAAAAGUUGAAUGAAUCUGUCAGUUCCAGUGAUGCUUACAAUUUUAAUUUGGAAGAGGGUGUUCAUCUCACUCCUUUCCGAAAACAAAUGAGCAAUGAUUCUGAUAGAGAGGAAAACAAGUCUGAAGUAAGCAUCUUUGAAUCAAGUAGCUCGGGAGAUGAUUCUGAUGACCUCUAUUUGCCUAGUUGCAAGAAUAUUGAAAAUCUUGCCAGCGGUUCAGAUAAGAGACCGGUCACCAGGCCUCGAUCUAAAAGAGCACUAAAAUAUACAGAUGAAGAAGAGACGGAGGGUUCUAAGCCAACAAAAACUCCUACCAGUACACCACCUGAAACUCACCAGUCACCUCAUUUUAGCCUGAAGGAUAUCACCAAUGUUCCCUAUCCUGCAGUUAAAAUCAGGAGACUUUCUCUUUCUCCAAAAAAGAAUAAAGAAAGCCCAGCAGCAUCUCUGCCUAAGCGUAGGUGCACAGCCAGCGUGAACUAUAAGGAGCCCACACUUGCUUCGAAACUGAGAAGAGGAGACCCUUUCACAGAUUUAUGUUUCUUGAAUUCUCCUAUUUUUAAGCAAAAAAAGGAUUCCAAACGUCAUUCUAAAAAAAAUGUGAAACAAAUACGAUGAAGCUUUUGUUGGAUACUGUUUAAAUUCAUCCUAUACCCUUUUGUAUUGCUCAAAGAGAGAAUAUGUAAGACAGUACACAAGUGGGUCGAACUAUCGCCAUAGAAUAUUCUCUUGAUAGGACCCUAAAUCAUUUCUUCAAGACUUUACUUCAAAUGUGAUGUUUUAUCUUCAAGCUUUAAUAAAUUUAUUUUUUCUUUUGACUAUAAAUAA